AAUGCUCCCGGAGCAAGCGAUGAUCGAGGCGAAAUGCAACAACCGACCGAGAAACAGAAACUUGGGCAUCGUCGUAUCGAUGAGCAAGGAGAGGUCAGUUAUAAAAAGGUACCUACCAAUGCGUUGAUGAGCGCUAUCCAGCUGGGUAUCGCGAACUCCAUUGGUAGCCUCGCAUCACGACCCGAUCGAGAUCUCUUGUUACAAGACUUUGAAAAAAUCGAAAAUGUAGCAUUUCCUGCGGCUGGAUCAGCAACAACGCCAUCGCAUUCAUUUGGAGAUUUUCGUUUCAAAACCUAUGCACCUAUUGCAUUUCGUUACUUCAGAGAACUUUUUAAUAUCAAACCUGUAGAUUUUUUGAGGUCAACGUGUACGGAACCGCUUAGAGAAUUGUCGAACGCCGGUGCAUCCGGGUCAAUUUUUUAUGUAUCUCAAGAUGAUCAAUUUAUUAUUAAAACCGUGCAACAUAAGGAAGCGGAAUUUCUACAAAAGCUAUUACCCGGUUAUUAUAUGAAUCUCCAACAAAAUCCGAAGACCUUGUUGCCGAAGUUCUUUGGAUUGUUUUGUUAUCAGAGUUUGGGAAAGAAUAUUCGCCUGCUAGUCAUGAACAAUUUAUUACCCCAAAAUGUAACAAUGCAUGAGAAAUAUGAUCUCAAAGGGUCCACUUACAAGCGUUUAGCAUCGAAAUCGGAGAGGGCAAAAGUGUCUCCUACAUUGAAAGACCUAGAUUUUAUCGAAAAUCACCCUAAUGAGGGAUUAUCAAUGGACCCUGUUUCGUACGACAGUUUAAUACGAACAAUAAGUCGAGAUUGCUUAGUUCUUGAAAGUUUUAAAAUCAUGGACUACUCAUUACUUGUCGGGAUCCACAAUGUUGAGCUAACAUCAGGUGGCAGAAGUCAGCCCGAUACAACUAGGAGGGAAAGUGAAGAGGCGAUGGAACAUCCGCUACAGUCCAAAUUUUCUGUUUGGGACCAAUCUGAAUUCGAGGGCUCUGUCCCACUCGGUGGUGUUCCAGCACGAAACUCCAAUGGGGAUAGUGAUAUAUUUUACUUCUAUAGCAUAAUUGACAUUUUGCAAAAUUAUCGAUUGCUGAAGAAGAUGGAGCAUACUUGGAAGGCGAUCUUGCAUGACGGGGAUUCAAUCUCUGUCCAUAAUCCAAACUUCUAUGCUCAACGGUUUCUGUCAUUUAUGACAGAACAUGUUUUCAAGAAAGGCCCAGAUAUUUGUAAAACUCCGGACCGCAGGUGUUGCGGUGGGGAAGGAACGCUGGUGUCCUUUCCAGGGAGUAACGCGCUCACCACCACACCAUGUGGGUCCUUCGUUUCGCCUAUCUCUCAGCUAGUUCUGUUGAUCACUCUCAUCAGCAAUCACCCGUCAAUGGGAUUGAUCUGGGGAGCCCAAAUCGGCAUUGAACCCAGUUAA